AAUCGGGUUAAAUCUCAGGUAGGCCUAGGGUCUAACUCUGACACCUGUGCACCCACAUUCUCCAACACAUUCCUUUCACCCCAAGAUCCAAAGAAAAAUGGACAGAUAGAUUCACCCAACACAAACAUCAAUGUUUUUUUUCGGUUUUUCUAUUUCAAAUCAAAUCGUAAACAAACAGCUCCUCACGGUCACCGCAAAAGAGAGAGAGAGAGAGAGAGAGUGAAGACUGCCAAAUCAAAACGAUAAGAGCAACAGUAGGAAAUGGUGUCGUACGUGGGUGUGUUGCUGUACGGAGUAGGAGGCAUAGUGGUAGCAGGGAUGGCUUUGCUUGUAGCCUUUCAAGAGAAGCUUGUCUACGUCCCGGUGUUACCCGGUCUCACUAAAUCCUACCCGGUCACUCCUGCCCGACUCCGUCUCCUUUACGAGGACGUUUGGCUCCGAUCCUCCGAUGGCGUCCGUCUUCACGCGUGGUUCAUUAAAGUACUCCCUGAAAGCCGAGGUCCGACUGUCCUGUUUUUCCAAGAGAAUGCUGGAAACAUUGCCCAUCGUCUUGAAAUGGUCCGCAUAAUGAUUCAGAGGUUGCAGUGCAAUGUGUUCAUGCUUUCAUAUCGAGGUUAUGGAGCAAGUGAUGGAUAUCCUUCGCAGCACGGAAUCACAAAAGAUGCUCAGGCUGCUUUGGAUCAUCUUUCACAAAGGACUGACAUUGACACAUCUAGAAUAGUCGUGUUUGGGCGGUCACUUGGGGGUGCAGUUGGGGCUCUGCUCACAAAAAACAAUCCUGAUAAGGUUGCUGCAUUGAUCCUGGAAAACACUUUUACAUCCAUUCUGGACAUGGCUGGAGUUAUACUGCCCUUCCUAAAGUGGUUUAUUGGAGGCACGAGUUCAAAAGGGCCUAAACUUCUUAAUUUUCUUGUACGUUCUCCAUGGAGUACCAUUGACGUUGUUGGCCAGAUUAAGCAGCCAAUUCUUUUCCUUUCUGGAUUGCAAGAUGAAAUGGUUCCUCCAUUCCAUAUGCAAAUGCUCUAUGGUAAAGCAGCUGCUCAUAAUAGAGAAUGCGUCUUUGUGGAUUUUCCUAAUGGCAUGCAUAUGGACACUUGGCUUGCUGGUGGUGAUCACUACUGGAGAACUACCCAGCAGUUUCUUGAAAAGCAUGUUCCAGAGAUAAAGGAACAUGAUUCAUCCCGUGAUGACAAAGAUUUUUAUAUUUCUGCUUCCAGAUACUGAGGGGAGGUGACUCCAUUGAGAAUUUUGAGAUGUUAUAAAUUGGCUCAGGGCAGCACCUCGAACUCAAAAGUAUUGGUACCUGUACACUGUUUUUUCCGUGAAGUUGCAGAAAGUAAAAGCACGUUGUGGGUUUGCUCACUGAAUAGUGAAAUCAGUCCAAAGCAUUCUGGUUUUCUCAGAGAAUUUUUGUUGGUCUCACGAGCCUCGGCAGAUGUUCAGAAAAUAUGAAUGCCCACUGGUAUAGUGUACACCUUCUUGAUACACAUCUCCCUUAGCUAGUAAACUCCGCCGACCUGCUGUGAUUGUAUGAAAUAAGAAGUCUCAGAAAAUUGAAAUAAAUUAUCGGAGGUCAGAUGCUGGACUGGUUGCAUGUUUCCCCAAA